AUGGCGCGCUCACCCAACGACGCCACCCGCUUCACCUCCACCGGUCCCUCAGUCUUCGCCAAAAACCACCAAACCACACCCUCCUUCAACUCCGCCGCUCCAGCAGCCCCCUCCCCCUCCCAAAUCAACUUCGGCAGCGCCCCUAGCAACGAGACCCCUCAACAAAAGAUCGCCCGCCUUCGCGCCGCCGCCGCCGCCUCAAAACGUGGUCAAGAAUCCUCCUUCGACAAGUCCGUCCGCAUCGGCCGAAUAUGGGCAGACCGCGUCCACCGUUUCACCGCCAUCGGCCUGAUCGGCCUGACCAUCGUGAGCGGUGCAGUAGCGACAGCGGGAAUCACAGAUAUGAUGCUGCAUAACCGGAAACGGCGGAAAGAGUGGCUUGCGGAGAAACAGGCAGAGAGUACGAGAGAUUUGAUGAUUGCGCAGGAGGCGUUGAAGGAGGGGCGGGCGAGCGAGGAUCAGAUGCUGUUGAUUAAUCGGGAGAGGGUGGCGUGUGAGACGGAGAUGGAGAGGAGGAAUAGGCCUGGGUUGUUCAAGAGGGCGACCGGGUUCCUCUAUGGGGGUUUGAGUGAGGAAGAAAAGAAGGGUGGGAGGUUAAUGAGUGGGAAUGGCGUAGAUGGUGUGGAGGGUGCGGUGGGAAGUGCUGUGGACGAGGUCAAGCAGGUCUCAUCGAAUUUGAUCGAUGAGGGGAGGCAUGCGGUGCAUAAGGUGGAAGAGAAGUUUGAGCAGACACAGAGAAAUGGUCAGGCGAUAGCGAUGGGCGAGCUUGCUACUCCUACAGGUGGACCUUUGGAUAAAGAAGCACAGAUGACCGCCAAUAAAGCAUCGAACACGGCGAGGAGCUGGACGAGCUGGAUUACAGGCCGGUAG